AUGACUGCCUUGACUUUCAACGAAGCUUCCUCUACAGCACCUGACGAAAGUGUAUUUCCUCAACACAAUGCCUCCAGUGUCCCAGGACAGCUUGAGAAUAAUAAUUCAGGCGGGAACAUUCAGCUCCCCACCCAGGAGAGAACCCCAACAGCAACCAGCCUGAGUCGCAGUGAGACCGUGCCCCCCGAGCCGACCCCCCUCCUCUCUCACUACGAAGGAUACACUCUGUUCAAGGCCGAUCCCGCCCCCGGACAGAAGACAUCCUGGAGCCUAGUGGAGCGAACCGAAAUGCACCUCAGCCAAAGGGAGCUCUUCAAAAUAGUCCAGAAAGGCGCGAAUAAGGUCUCUGCCGCACAACAGUACCAGAAUCUGUCCAGUCUCAGGCGAGCCCAUGUGAAUCAGCUGAUCUCUGAGAAAAGAAAAUGCGAUCCACAGGUCGAAUGGAGCUGCGUCUAUGCCAAAGAGCGCAGUAGACCCUCAAAGGCUCGCAAUGCUACCCGGAGCAGCGACUACGAAACUGUGUCCAUGGACAUUAUUCUCAUGAAGAGACCUGCAAGGACCCAGUCGUACCCGAGGACCGCCAUGGGGGAUUUGGUGGACCUCGCUGCACCUUUGGACCCCUACACAAGUACAGGAAAAGGCGAUGUGGUGCAAGGACCGCAGCCUCGACCAACACAGGUCACCGCACCUUUUACACAACUGGAUCUUGAGCAAGACCCUGGUACAAGGACUUUGCAUGGCAACGAUAAACCUGGACCUCAUCAUUCCGCAAAGGAGCAUGGUGAGCACUAUAGUAUCUCUGGUUUAGAGUUAGUUGUUCACACAGGCUCAGGACAUACAUCACUGAGAGGCGCGGAUCACAUAGUUCAAGCAGUGUCGACCGGGUCAUCUGUGUCUAGCAGUGACGAAGACGACGAGUCCGUGUUCUUUGAUCGGGCGGGAGAUAGUUCUGCGACAGAAGAUUCAGAAACAUGGGAUGGGGAGCGCCCAGAGCCCCGACGGGACGACGUUUACAACCGACAGAGGUCGUGCAGCCCCAACCGGUGCGAAUCGGGGUAUGGUCCUUUGUACCGCAGGCUGGCAAAGCACCGGGGCCGGGAAACAAGUCACGACAAGAACCACCCUCCACGCAGCCGAGUAGACAUGGCUUCUGCCAAGAGAGUAAGUCCUCUCCGACGAGUCGAACGAGAGGAUAACCCAUAUCGUGAAAAGCGGAUCCGGUUGGCACGAGGAGUUGAGAAUGACGUGCGCAGCCGGAUGCUAGACCACCGGGAGGCUCGAAUUGAGAGCUGGGAGAAGUUUGUGGAUUUCCAGGCCAGAAUGAUCCAGAAGACAAUUGAUGAGUCGCGGGAGUUGGAGCAUCGCAAGUCCUUUCGGGAGGCCCCGGUGGUGUGCAACUGUCCCUGCCGGCGCGCAAACAAUAAUGAGUCUGCCGAGUGA